AAAGAAUGGAAUUUAUGAAUUUGAUUUUAUUGUUGAACAUUCACUUUCAAUGACUUUAAUGCUCAAAAAUUUAUCAACUCCUGUAAUUGAUUAUUCUCCAGAUAAUUUACAAUGGUAUCAAAGAGAUCCAGAUAGAGGAACUCAAUGUGGAUUAAAAUGGACAUUUAUCAAUACAACUAACGGAAUUGAUGAAGAAAAGGAAUUAAAAGAUUUAAUCCAAUUAAAUGGAUUACAUAGAUUAAUUAAUACAUUUAAUGGAAUUAGUCCUGGACCAACAAUAGUUGUCCCUCUUGGAGCAGAAGUUGUUAUUCGUAUAAAAAACAGAAUGCAUUCAAAAUCUUUUACUGUUCAUGUACAUGGUGUUGAUAAAAUUAAUCGUUGGUGGACAGAUGGCGUUCCCUUUAUACAACAAUGUCCAAUUUCUCCAAAUACUGAUUAUUCUUAUAGAUUUAUUGCUGAUACUCCUGGCACACAUUGGUAUCAUGGUCAUUUAAUGGAAGAUAGCGGUGAAGGAUUAGUAGGGGGUUUUGUUGUAUUAAAACCUGAUGAAAAAAUGGAAUUUGAAUUGGAUAAUAAAGAAAAGUUGAAAAUUGGAAGACAAUAUUUAACAUUAAUUCAGGCAGAAAAAAAUAAAUUUUUUAUGAAAAUCUAA